GGUGUGUGUGUGUGUGUGUGUGAGCGCACGUGUGUGUGUGUGUGUGUGCAUCAUGUGUGCGGCAGUAAAGUACCCGUCUCGUGGCCCGGCGUUGAUCCCCCGCAUGAAGGCUAAGCAUCGGGUUUACUACAUCACGCUGUUCUCGGUGGUUCUGUUGGGCCUGCUGGCCACCGGAAUGUUCCAGUUCUGGCCGCAUUCCAUCGAGUCCUCCGGGGGAGACUGGGCUCUGGAGAGACGCAGCGUGCAGGAGGCCCCUGUGUAUCGUCUGGGUCCCCAGAGUCCCCUACCUGAGAGAGGAGACCUCACCUGCCGCAUGCACACCUGCUUUGACGUCUACAGAUGCGGAUACAACCCCAAGAACAGGAUCAAGGUCUACAUCUACCCUCUGCAGAGGUUCGUGGAUGAGGAGGGCGUGUCCAUCAGUAGCUCCGCCCUGUCUCGCGAGUACAACGAGCUGCUGUCGGCCGUGUCCAAUAGCGACUUCUACACGGAUGAUGUCACGCGCGCCUGCCUCUUCCUGCCCUCCACGGACACGCUCAACCAGAACUCACUACGCAUACGAGAGACCGCACAGGCUCUAGCAUCGCUACCCAGGUGGGAUAGAGGUAUGAACCAUCUUCUCUUCAACAUGCUGCCUGGAGGCCCCCCCGACUACAACACGGCCUUAGAUGUACCCCGAGACAGGGCUCUGUUGGCAGGUGGUGGCUUCUCCACGUGGACCUACAGACAGGGCUAUGACGUCAGCAUCCCUGUAUACAGCCCCCUGUCAGCUGAGGUGGAGCUGGCAGAGAGACAACCAGGUCCGAGGCGUUUCUUCAUCUUGUCGUCCCAGACGGCUCUUCAUCGUGAGUACGGUGUGGAGCUGGAGCGCCUGAAGGAGGAGAAUGGGGAGACGGUGCUGCUCGACAAGUGCACCAACCUCUCGCAGGGACACACACACGCGCACGCGCACACACACACACAACACGGACACGCGCAGGCCCCGCGCAAACGCUGCGCCAAGGGACAGGUGUACGACUACCCGCACAUACUGCAGGAGUCUUCGUUCUGUGUGGUUCUGCGCGGGGCCCGUUUGGGCCAGGCGGUUCUGAGUGACGUUCUCCAGGCAGGCUGCGUUCCGGUCAUCCUGGCAGACUCGUACAUACUGCCAUUCUCAGAAGUACUCGAUUGGAGGAGGGCGUCGGUGGUGAUUCCGGAGGAGAAGCUUCCAGAGAUGUACACCAUUCUGAAGAACAUCCCCCACCGACAAGUGGAGGAGAUGCAGAGACAGGCUCGCUGGUUCUGGGAGGCCUAUUUCAGCUCGAUGAAGACGAUCGGCUUGACAACUCUACAGAUCAUCAACGACCGCAUCUACCCUUACGCAGCCCGCACCUACGAAGAGUGGAAUAACCCGCCUGCUGUGAAGUGGUCCAGUGUGUCCAACCCGUUGUUCCUGCCCCUCAUCCCGCCGCGCUCCCCCGGCUUCACGGCCGUCAUCCUGACGUACGACCGCAUCGAGUCGCUCUUCAGAGUCAUCACCGAGAUCUCCAAAGUGCCCAGCCUGGCCAAGCUACUGGUGGUCUGGAAUAACCAGAACAAGAGCCCUCCUGAAGAGUCCCUGUGGCCCAAGGUCGCGGUGCCCUUGAAGGUGGUGCGGACCAAAGAGAACAAGCUGAGUAAUCGCUUCUUCCCAUUCGCCGAGAUCGAGACGGAGGCGGUACUGGCCAUCGACGAUGACAUCAUCAUGCUGACGUCCGACGAGCUGCAGUUCGGAUACGAGGCUGGUGGUUACCCGGGGCCGACCCAGCAUCUGGUGGGGACCAUGAGAUGGGCAAAUGGGAAAUACGAGUCAGAGUGGACCAAACGAGGUGUCCAUGGUACUGGACUGGAGCCGCCUCCUCUACCACAAG